AUGAAUAAUAUCAGCAUUUAGUUCCUAUCAUCAGCUCUGAGCUCAGCAUCUCCUCCGUUCAGCUCUGCUGCCUAUAAAUACUGAUGAAGACACCUUCAGCGUCCAUCAGCCGGCCGACUGGCUGGACAGGUAGGACUCCAGCGCCUCUCCUCUGGAUCAACCCGGACCUGAAAGCGGUAACUCUGGUUCUCUUUCAAGGCAGCCAUGAAGAUCCUCCUCAUCCUCGUCCUCGUCUUCCUCACAGGUUGCAAUGGUGGACAGUAUGACCAUCCGUCUAAAAGCCAGGUAAAGAUGGUGCAGGACGCUUACUGGGACUAUGUCCAGAAGUCAACAAUGACCCCAAAGGACAAUGUGUGGGACAUCAGACAUUCACAUCCAGGACAGUAUCUGUGCUCCGUCAUCUCACACAGCGUCGAGGCCGUCCAGAGAUUCUUCCGCCUCGUUUACGCUCAUAUAGUCAUGUGGAGCAGGAACUUCUACCACAGGUUCUGCCAAGAGGUAGAUCACCUGCAGCAACACCUCCACCACUUUCUGCACCAUUUGGAAGAUGGCACAUUUUACCACGCCACGGAGCUGGUGGCUCAAAUCCGCUGGAAGAUGGAGAGUAUCAAGAUGGUGGCAGCCCACUACAUUGAAGCCCUGGACCCCAUCGGCCUGAAGAUGGCGCUGCUGGAGAAGAUCAAGGAGCUGAAUGAGCAUUUGAAUAGGUGCUUUGAACUCCUGGAAACUCACCAUCAUGAACACCACUGUGACCAUCACCAACUUCCUGGCCACCAUCCUGGCCAAUAUCCUGGUCUCAAACCUCCUGGCCAUCAUCAUCCUCCUGGUCACCACGGCUGUGGACCUGAGACGAAGAAGAAAAUAAAUGAAAGCAUGGAAGCCUUUAAGACCAGCUUGUUCUCCCUGGUCAGUAAGUUUGAGGUGGAACUCGCCCAAACUACCGAAAAGAUCAACAAGAAAAUGUUUCCCCUAAGAAAAAAACCCCACGGCCAGCUGAUUAAAGACUCAGAUCGCCUGAAGGAUGACCUGGAGAGUCUAUGGCAAGACUGGUUACUCCUAAGUCAGCAAAAGGUCGUCUGAAUGGAUUCAAAUGGGUCAUUAUCAACAUAAACAAAAGCAUCUUAUUUUUACUUUUAAUAACUAAAACAUAUUGAUGGAGACAUAUUUUUUCAAGUCAAUAUGAUUUGUUUUGGUUUCUGUAAAAUGUCUGUGGUCUUUACUGAUCAAAAUAUAAGAUUGAAAUACAGAAA